GCAGCUGCAACGCCGUAUCCAAACUGUGCCUGAGACCUACACCUUAGCUCACGGCAACGCCAGAUCCUUUAACCCACUGAGCGAAGCCAGGGCUUGAAGCCGCAUCCUCAUGGAGAUGAGUCGGGGUCUUAACCCGCUGAGCCACAGAUGGAACUCCUAGGAUGCAUUUCUAAAUGCAGACUUUUAGGCUAUGCUACCUGAGGUUGCUUCCUCUGUCCUUUAUCUUUAAUAAGUUCCUCACAUCUUUUCUGCGCAAUACCCACGGGUCCGGAACUCUCGGCCCCAAGCGUCUUCCACUUCUUGAGUAACCCGGGCGGUGUCAUCGAUUACUCGACAGACUUUUCUAUUGCUCUAGUCUUGCUGCCAGAUCAGCGGAAAGGGAGAAUCUGCGUUCUCAAGCUUGGCUUCCUACUCCUUCUGCCUGGGCGGUGCUGCGCAGGGAUUGGCCUGCUUGGGCGUCACGUGGUCCGCAGCAGGAUGAUGGCGGGCGCUGCAGAGGAGUCUCUAACGCUUUUCCGGGCUGGCAUCCGCGCAGCGUUGGAGGCUUGGCCCGCCUUGCAGAUCGCUGUGGAGAACGGCUUUGGAGGUGUGCAUAGCCAGGAGAAGGCUGAGUGGCUAGGGGGUGCAGUGGAGGAGUAUUUCUUCCGCAAUGCUGACUUGGAGCUAGAGGAGGUGGAGGACUUCCUCGGGGAGCUCAUGACGAAUGAGUUUGAUACGGUUGUGGAAGAUGGGAGUCUGCCCCAGGUGAGCCAGCAGCUACAGACCAUGUUCCGCCACCUCCAGAGGGGUGAUAGGGCUGCUCUGAAGGAAAUGGCCUCUUUCAUCACACAAAGAAAGUGCAAAGUUAGAGCCACUGCACUAACUACAGCCAGAGAGACUGAUGAAGAUGAGGAUGAUGCAAACAGCGUGGAGGAGAUGGAGGUUGCAGCUAUGAAUGAUGGGGCAGUUACAGAUGGGGUCUGCCCCCAGCCACCAGACUCCCAGACUAUUAAGGAAGAGGAUAUAGUAGAGGAUGGCUGGACUAUUGUCCGGAGAAAGAAAUGAGUGGGGCCAGAAAUGGUUUGGGUCCUUAUUUGCUAGUUGUUUUGGGACUUGUGUGUAGGGGGGUGUUUUGGAGGGUUAUGGACCUCUGGACUGGUUUCCUCAUCUCCACCCUCUCCCCAUUCCCCUGUACAGCUUCUUCCAGGGGGAGAAGAGCCCUAGGGUCCUUGGUCUUGGGCUGGUGGGAUCUGGUUCACCAGGGCCUGGAGUUACUGUCUGAGUGAUGAGGGAUGCUUUCCCAGCAAAGUGCCUCUUGGGUGCAGUCAGGGUGAAGAAGAAGGGAUGAGAGGUGUGGGACUGACUGGAGAAGCUAAAUGCUGGUUCAUGGCAGGCAAGUGGAUUGUAAAGGGAGAGGACCAGGGAGAACCAAUAUUCCUGCUGGGUCAGGAUGUGAAUGAAAGUAGCUGUGGUACCUCUCCCUCUUCUCAUCCCCCAGUCCUACAGGGCACCUCUGUACCACUGCCCAGAAAUUGGAACCUCCCAGGAACACUCCCUUCCUGCAGCCCAGUGUCCAGCCCUGAGUUCCUUCAGGAUGACCUUGACAAGGCAACGAGCUUGGGGGACCCAGGCUUUGUUUUCUGUCUCUUCCAACCUCUUUCUGAACUCCUUAUCCCAUCUAAGUCCCGGGAUGAGGCCUAAGACCUCAAUGAAUAAUACCUUACUGUUUAAUUUGUGGCUUGACUUGUGAGUAGCCUUGGAAUCAGCUUUCUGAGAGCUGAGCUUUAGAGCUCAGCAAGGGAGCAGUUUCUGGGCCCACUCUAGCAGCCUGGUACUUUGGACAAACAGACGAAUGGAGCACAGCAGUGUUCUGAAAGUUUCUGUAAGCUUGAAAUAAACUGUAUUUUUCUUUAAAAAAACAAAA